GCUGUGAAGCCGAAACCGCCAGAAGACCUGGGGCAAGGCUUCGAUAGUGCCCAUUCUGAUGCGCUCGUCUGCCAUAUGCUCGCAUGUACAUUGGAGAGUGUUCAGUGGGACCAUACCGCCCGGGACUUGACAAGUGUGCGGUCACGAGAAUGGUUCAGAUCGGAGUCGGGCAUGUCGCUGUUGCCGCUGUCCGCCGUGGUACGACAAUGAGGACGUCUUCCUCGGUUCCGCCAGUGCAUUUCAUCCCAAGCACUCCUCUCUGCUGCCUCAAGCCCAGUACAGUCCAGUGACCUGCUGCAGUACUGUGCGAUGAGGCACACCCGCACGCUGUCAGCCUCGAGGCUGCUGUCUGAAUCGGUACUUUACUUGGCAGUGAAGCAGAUCCAUGUUGCGUUGCCGCAUCUCGGACAUUUUCGACGGUAUCAUAGCGCCGUGGGAACAGCGUGUACCCAUGGAUU